AAUAAUAGAAGCCGGCUUGUUACGUUAUGAUUUUUUUAUAGUUGAGAUGAGACGUGAUUGGAAUAGGUUGUUGUUAGUUUUGAGUGAAGGGUCGGCAAUCCGCUUGAAUUCCUACUACCGACAAAAGUUGAUGAUUUCACAUGAACUACCUUUUUUUUCACUCUCUCUCUCUCCCCCCGAUUAAUAAUUCAUAAAAAGUCCUUCUUUCCAUCCAAUUAAUAAUUCAUUCAUAAAAGGUCCUUCUUUCCAAUCUUCUCUUUCACGGGCAGGCAGCCAGCCAGCCAGUCAGCCAUGUCGCCUGAAAAGGAACAAGUUACGGUGAUGAUCCUCUACGUUGACCUCAAAUGCUCCUGCUGCUACAAGAAGGUCAGGAAACUGCUCUGCAAAUUCCCUCAGAUAAGAGAUCAAGUGUUCGAUGAGGAGAAGAACAAGGUUACGAUCACAGUGGUAUGCUGCGACCCGGAGAGGAUGAGAGACAAGCUUUGUUGCAAGGGUGGCAAGGCCAUCCAGAGUAUUGAGAUCCUUGACCCACCCAAACCACAACCACCCAAGCCCAAACCCCAACCCCCUCCUCCCGCACCCGCACCUAAACCAGCUGCUGACCCCCCACCCAAGCUGCCCGAUCCACCUCAACCCAAGGUACCCGACAACCCAAAACCACCACCCCAACCCAAGAAGCCUGAUCCAGUACCACAGCCCCAACCCAAGAUGCCCGAUCCACCUCAACCCAAGGUACCCGACCCAAAACCACCGUCCCAACCCAAGCUGCCCGAUCCACCUCAACCCAAGGUACCCGAUCCAAAACCACCACCCCAACCCAAGGUACCCGACCCAAAACCACCACCCCAACCCGAGAAGCCUGAUCCAGUACCACUGCCCCAACCCAAGCUGCCCGAUCCACCCCAACCCGAGCCAGUACCCAUUGCAAUGGAUCCUUGUUGGCCACCGGUUUCAGUGUGUUGCCAAGAGUGCUACGAAGGUCGAGGCGGAGGCCCCUGUUACUAUGGCUAUGGAAGGCCUGUACCACCGCCACCCGGCCCAUGCUAUGACGGUUAUGGUUACGGUUACGGUUACAGGGAGAGAGCCCCCUGUUACGUCACUAGGUGUGAUUACUUUAGUGAAGAAAAUCCACAAGGAUGCUCAAUCAUGUGAAAUACAAUACAAUACCCAGGCCAGGCCACCAUUUUUAGUCUUCAUUCAAGACCUUACAAUAAAUAAAAAACAGAGUCUCCUCCAACUCUUCUUCAUCUGUAGCUAAAAAUGAGGAGAGGGCAGUUGUUUUUCCAUUUUGUUUUUGUUUCUGGUUUGAUACAUAUAUAAUAAUAAAUAUAUAAAGUGUAACAGUAAAUAUGAUAACGCUUUGUAUGAUCUCCAAAAUGUUUAUGGAGUAAGGUUUAUAAUAUAUGAAAGACACAUCGAUCGAUCUUUACCUUAA